AUGGAGACGGAGAAUGUUGACCUCGUUAUAAAUGGAGCCGGCUGGUUUGGUCUCGCUGCCGCAAACACGGCCGUGGAGAUUGAUCCCUCGACCAACCUCGUCAUUCUGGACUCAGCGACCUCCAUCGGUGGAGUAUGGGGUCAGAAGCGGCUCUAUGCCGAUUUGAGAACGAAUAAUGUCGUCGAGAGCUACCAGUUCAGCGACUUUCCCAUGACCGCAGAUCGUUUUGAUGUCGCAGCCGGUCAGCAAAUGUCGGGGCCUGCGGUCCACGACUAUCUUCAGGCAUACGCAGACACUUUUGGGGUUGGUGAGAAGGUGCGCCUAAAAAGCACCGUGAAUGAGGCUUCGUAUGAAUCCGACAAGCACUGGACUCUGGAAUACACUGCUGCAGGCGAAGGUACAUUCAGGUUCAUCCGCACCGCCAAAUUGAUCAUCGCCACGGGCUUACACCUCGCAGCCCAUUCUGCCCAAAUUGUCGAAGCAGGACUCCUUCAGAGCACCAAUUUUACACGUGCACCGGCUUGCAUCCCCAACGAAUCCCUCCUGCAGGGUGACACCACGGUUACUGUCCUAGGCGGAACCAAGUCUGCGUGGAUGCAGCGUACACUCGCGCGUCCGGGGGUGCACAGGUCGAUUGGUUUAAAGUGA